AUGGGUUUCAUCUCCUGCACCUCAUUUCCGACUGUCAAUUCAAGAAUUCCAUCGACCCAUUUCUUCAAGCAGUCGACUUUAGCAUCUUCAUCCUCACUUAAGUUUGCUUUGAUACGCGAUUAUAAACCCAAUUUCUCAUUGUUUCUCACAACGUGUUCGACAAUGGCGACUCCUAUCCAAGCCUCUUCUUCCUCCACUAUUGGUGAGACCAGUGCUGGCUUGAAGGCCCAGUCUCAAGUUUCAAUUGGGGCAAACGAUUUGCUAAUUGUUGGACCAGGUGUUCUUGGACGCUUAGUUGCAGAACAAUGGAGAGAGGAAUAUCCAGAUUGUCAAAUCUUGGGGCAGACAGUAACAACAAACCAUCAUGAUGAGCUGGAGAAGUUGGGUAUCAAACCAUGUCUUAAAGGAACUGAAUUUGAUGGCAAGUUCUCCUAUGUGAUCUUUUGUGCUCCUCCAUCACAAAGCCCAGACUACGCUGCUGAGCUCAGGAUGGCAGCAUCAAAGUGGAACGGCGAAGGAUCAUUCUUAUUCACAUCUAGUUCUGCACCUUUUGAUUGCUUUGAUAAUGGAGAAUGCAACGAGGAUUCUCCAGUAGUGCCAUUGGGAAAGAGCCCAAGAACCGAUGUGCUUUUGAGUGCUGAAAAAGUAGUCUUGGAAAAUUUGAGCAUUAUGUUUCUCCUGAACUUUCUAUACACAGAGACUAGAGGUGCACAUACGUACUGGUUGAGUAAGGAGACAGUUGAUGCUCGUCCUGAUCAUAUCCUGAAUCUCAUUCACUACGAGGAUGCAGCAUCGCUGGCGGUUGCAAUCAUGAAGAAGAAAGCAGGUGGUCGGAUUUUCUUGGGUUGUGACAACCAUCCUUUGUCAAGGCAAGAGGUGAUGGACCUGAUGGAUCAAAGCGGAAAGUUUGAUAAGAAGUUCAAAGGUUUCACGAGCACCAGUGGUCCUUUAGGGAAGAAGCUGAACAACUCAUGGACACGAGCUGAAAUAGGAUGGGAGCCCAAGUAUCCAAGUUUUGCUCAGUUUCUUGGAGUAUCGAAAUAA